GCACAAUAACAGAAAAAUAAACAUUGUGCCAGAUAAUGGUACUCCGUUAUCUAUAAGUUUUAUAUUAUUAUUAUUGCAUAGAGUUACAGUAUAAAUACGGUAUCUAUAUCUAACGUCGUAAUAAUAAUAGUAAUAAUAUUCCGUGAGUUGAUGCAAAUUUAUUCAAUUGCAAAAUUCAUUCAUUUUCACAACACCGGAUCCGAUUCUUCAUUACACAUCGGGUGCUCUGUUUGAGUAAGUGUGAUCGCCGGACUUAAUCCAGUUUGACAUUGCUCGGUCGUCUGUACAUAAUAAUCAUUUGAGGAGCGUGUGUCGCGUUGUAUGGCUCGUAAAAAUAAAGAAAACAAAAACAUGGCUCUAUCGACCAUGUUACGGGAUGAAGGCGAUAGCAGUGAAGAAGAUUACCGACGAAAACGAGACAAGAACAAUCAGGCGGUUAAAAGAAGUCGAGUCAAAAGUAGAAUGCGCACUCAACAAACAUUGCAACGUGUGAAUCAAUUAAAAACAGAGAAUGAUAUACUUGAAGAAAAAAUUAAACUUUUAAGUAAAGAACUAGGAUUUUUAAAAGAACUAUUCAUGGCACAAGCUGGGACAUCACAAAUUGAACUCCCCAAAUCCGUUGACCUUAAAACUUUAUUGAGCGACACUACAUCAGAUAUUUUGGAUAAUGAUUUAGCAAAACCUCAAACUUCGUCAUAAGUAUAAUAUAAUUUGUUUAAUUUUAUGGGCACAGUGUAUUUUAUAAGUAAAAAUUAUGUUAUGAGUCAUAUUGAUUUAAUCAUUUUUUAAAUAUUUUUGUCCCAUACUCAAAAAAAGAUAUUUAUUUGUUAAUAUUGAUUAGGUUAUGGAUUUAAAAUAGCUUAAAUCAUUUUUAUAUGGUUUUAUUAAUAUUUGUCUAAUUGUGUGUAUGUUGUGCAAUAUUUAUAUUUAUAUUUAUUUUUUCAAACAAUUGUACAAUUUGAAAAAAAAAUUUUAAUGAAUGUUUAAUAUUUGUA